AUGACUGAACAGUUGACAUGGCUUGUAACUGGCUGCACGUCCGGCAUGGGCGAGAGUCUAGUCCACGCGAUCCUAGCAAAGGGCGAUCGAGUCAUCGCAACAGCGCGAGGAAGAGAGAAAAGCGCGGUGGAGCGCCUGGCUCCCCUCAAAGAAGCGGGCGCUGCUGUCAUGGAGUUGGAUGUUACUGCUUCGGAGUCUGUCAUUAAAGAGAAAGCCGAAGAAGCAUGGUCUAUCUACGGCAAAGUGGACAUCCUUGUGAAUAAUGCUGGAUAUAUUGACGGUGGAAUAUUCGAGGAAAUCGAUGAAGAAUUCUUGACUUGUGUUCUGAGAAACAAUGCAAUUGGACCACUCAAUCUCACUCGCGCUUUUCUCCCUUAUAUGCGUAGCAGGGGCACUGGUACCUUACUUUUCAUGUCCUCUGUGGGAGCAUACUUUGGAACACCCGGCGCUAGCGCCUACAUUGGUGCGAAAGGCUUACUCGAGGGCAUCGUUCCUAAUAUCGCGGUCGAGGUCGCACCUUUCGGCCUUAGAACCUCCAUACUAACACCUGGAUUCUUCAACACCAAAGUCUUCACACCUGGAAACAUUCAUUGGCGGGCACCGAACCCAUUACCGGACUAUGCCGAGAUGAACAAGGUGGCCCAAGAUCAAUGUAAUGCUUUUGAUGGACACCUACCGGGCGAUCCUCGAAAGGCGGGUGAUAUUAUUGUCGAUGCUGUCAAGGGUACUGGGCAGUGUGAAGGAAUGGAAUUACCUCUGUGGCUUCCUUUGGGAUCUGAUGCUUUCGAAUUUAUUCGCGGGAAUGUACAGGCAAAGUUGAAGAUCUGUGAUGAGUGGGAGGAUAUUGGUUCUGCUACGAACUUCUGA